AUGAAGUUCAAGGAUGCCCCCGAGUACGUCCCUACCGACCCCAACAGCAAGGGCGGUCCCCGCAACGGCCACUAUGCCGCGCUCGACCCCAACUUUGCGGCGGCCCGCGCGGGCGCCGAGGCCAUCAUGGACACGCUGUGGAAGGCCGACGACUGGGAGACGUUCCGCAACAACUGGAAGGGCGAGAGUCCGCUGCCCGAGGGGACACCGAAACCAGGCGUCGAUGUCGAGGCAUCGUACAUCAAGGUCCCCGCGCGGGACGGCCACGAGAUUGAGCUCAAGAUUCUGAAAUCCGCCAAAUCCGCCAAAUCCGCCGCCACCGCCGACGACACCAUUGUUGUCCUGCGCAUGCACGGCGGCGGCUGGGCCAUUGGCUGGCACGACACCGAGGUGAUUGAGAACCUGCACGCCGCCAGCCACCCCAACGUCGUGCUGGCGAGCAUCGACUACCGCCUGGCGCCCGAGCACCCGUUCCCGACGCCGCUCCACGACUGCAUCGACGCCUUCCAGUGGGUCAAGGCCAACGCCCGCGAGGCGCUGCACGCCAACCCCGAAAAGAUUGUGCUGCUGGGCGGCAGUGCCGGGUCGGGCCUGUCGCUGGCGCUGGCGCUGCAUGCGCGCGACCACAACAUCUCCGGCAUCAUUGCGCUGGCCCUGGACUGGCCCACCGGCGCCCACCCCAAGUUCUUCCCCGAGCUGCGCGAGCGCUUCGGCUACGAGCUCGAGAGCUACGUGCAGGUCCCCAACGGCGUCGUGACCGGCGCUCUCGUCAUGGAGUUCUUUUUGGACGCCUACACCCCCAACGUCCAGCACGACGUGCGCCACUCGCCGCUGCUGGCCGACACCUUUGCCGGCCUGCCGCCCGCCUUCUUGCAGAUCGCCGGAUUCGACACGCUGCGUGACGAGGGCGUGGCCGUUGCCGAAAAGCUGCAGCGCGGCGGUGUGCCGACUGAAGUCCACAUCUACCAGGGCCUGCCGCACUGCUUCUCCAUGCUCUUCACUGACCUGCCCCAGGCCAACGACUAUCAGGCCCGCCAAAACGCCUUCUUGGAGAAGACCAUCAAGCUGGCCAAUGCGACGUAA